CCCCACCCCUCCAUUUCUUGCCAUGGCCCCUGCACUGCUCCUGGUCCCUGCUGCCCUCGCCUCUUUCAUCCUAGCCUUUGGCACUGGAGUGGAGUUUACGCACUUUACCUCCCUUCAGUCACUUCUUGGAGGGAUCCCAGAGUCUGGUGGUCCCAAUGCCUGACAGGGAUGGCUGGCUGCCCUGCAGGACCGCAGCAUCCUUGCCCCCCUGGCAUGGGAUCUGGGGCUCCUGCUUCUAUUUGUUGGGCAGCACAGCCUCAUAGCAGCUGAGAGAGUGAAACCAUGGCCAUCCCGGUACUUUGGGGUCCUUCAGAGGUCACUGUAUGUGGCCUGCACUGCCCUGGCCUUGCAGCUGGUGAUGCGGUACUGGGAGCCUGUACCCAGAGGCCCCGUGUUGUGGGAGGCUCGAGCUGAGCCAUGGGCCACCUGGGUGCCCCUCCUCUGCUUUGUGCUCCAUAUCAUCUCCUGGCUCCUCAUCUUCAGCAUCCUUCUCGUCUUUGACUACACUGAGCUCAUGGGCCUCAAACAGGUGUACUACCAUGUGCUGGGGCUGGGCGAGCCUCUGGCCCUGAAGUCUCCCCGGGCUCUCAGUCUCUUCUCCCACCUGCGCCACCCAGUGUGUGUGGAGCUGCUGACAGUGCUGUGGGUGGUGCCUACGCUUGGCACAGACCAUCUCCUCCUUACCCUCUACCUGGGCCUGGCUCAUAGGCUUGAUCAGCAAGACCUCUGCUACCUCCGGGCCCAGCUGCAAAGAAAACUCCACCUGCUCUCUCGACCCCAGGAUGGGGAGGCAGAGUGAGAAGCUCACUCUGGUUACAAGCCCUGUUCUUCCCCUCCCCCUG